GGGGAUGUUCCUGAGGCACCGGCAGGCACCAGUCCUUUCCUCUUCGGGCAAUUCCAUCCCGCGGAAACGCGUGACGGGCGUGUAUCAGAGAGCUUCACGUUCCAGACCCUUUAUUCUUCUUUUUAUUCUUCUUGAGCUUCAUCCUUUUCCUCCACUGCUCAGCUCCGCAACGGAGAUCAGCAUCUGUCGCUCUGAAAUGUUGCCGAUCACGGCUACCCUAUUGCGACCACCAGCAAACGCGCUUGCUGCCUGACUCAACAGUCCCGCACCAUGUCCACAUGGACCGCCCUGAACGUCGAGCCCGAUGAGGCCAUUGAAGAGGAGGUCGAUGAUACUAAGGAGAUCCAGAUCGAAGAAGCGCUCAAACUCUAUCAAAAUGCCCUGAAACUUCAUUCCCAAGGCCCCCAAUUCUACGACCAAGCCGCCGAGGCGUACGAAGCGCUCCUCAACUCCGAGAUCUUCAAGUACCCCGAGUCGAUCUCCGAUUUUAAGAGACUCGCCCUUCAAAACUCAGAGCUCCAGCUUGGCGGGACAUCGAAUAAUGCAGAUGUGGAUGACACUGUCGCGACACUGGGAGAAUUCAAUAUCAGCGAUUCCACUUCGAGCACUUUGCAGCAGACCAUCUUCCUCUCGUAUAAGAACUAUGGACAAUACGCUCUCGAUACCCUACGAGCCCUUCUGCAGGACAUUUCGAAACUGGCUGAGGCUGCGCCAGAGGUUCUAUCAAAAAUUACGGAGCGCUCCAGGACUGCGCUAACCUCCUUUGCGGACGCAUUAGAACGGGAUGACACCGACCUCAACCUUUGGAGACAGAGCGCACGGCUGAGCAGUGCCUUACAGAGCUAUCGCCUCACCCGAUUCUGCCUUGAAAGUGUCCUAGCUGACGAUGACAAUCGCUUGGAGGUGCGGACAGCGCAGCUGGGUCUAGAAGAGACAUUCGCUGAGGAAGGCUUACGCAAAGUCUUGCUGUCGGUACAGGAUAGGCUGUCUGUGUCGCUUGUUCCUCUUAAAAAGCCAAAGAAGGCUCUUGUCAAAUUUCUCCAACGUCAAAUCGACCCGUAUCCUUAUCUGCCUUCGCUCCCAGACGACUUGCAAAACGUGGACCCGUCCAGAAACCCUCUUGCGUUCCAGGCUGUUCAUUAUGAAAUCAAACUUGAGACCCUGACGUGGGCCGCCACUGGUAAAGAACUUCUCCGUUUGGUCAAGAACACAGACGAUACCGUACCCGGUCUCGGGGCGUCCGUCACUAUAUCCCUACCGUCAAACAGCCCGGAGUUAACUACCAUUACGAACACAGUACAAAGACGGCUAUCCAAGCCUCAUUUUGAUGACGAUCGCCAGGCAGAUACUCAGAUGACUGAUGAUGGACAAAGCACUGACGUGCGGUCAGUCACUGGAAUCCAGGGACUAGGACAGAUCACGGAUCAUGGCGAUGAUCAAUCAUCUGUCGACCAGAGGGCGGAAAAGCAACUUAUGGAAUCUCUUGAGGUUCAGUCAUCACAGCAACAGGACGCAGAUCAUCAAGACGAAGCAGAACCAGAACAAGAGGAGGCAAAACCGGAAGAGAUAGAACCAAAGUCGCCGGAGGUCCCCGCUCGCAAGCGAUCUUCCGCCUCCGCUAUCGCAGAAGAUCAAGCAGAACGGUUGAGAGUGAAAAGCAGAAGAACACGCUUGCGUGACUCGCUAGCUGAGGCUUCAACACAGGCGGAGGAGAUCUCAUUCGACCAUUCCAAGUAUUACGAAGACCUUAUGAAUCCCUACGUUCAGGUUGACGAAGGCGUUUUUGGUACUGUAGGACAGUUAUUGUCUAAGUUUGGGGUUGAAGGCUUGGGUGAUCUGGAAGACCUACGGAAACAAGUCGCCUAUGCUAAUGAAAGAUUGGAAUCUCCAGAUACUCCAACCCACACAGCUGAAGAAGAAAUUCAUGUUCUCCCACAAGAUCUCAGGAAUAUCAUCCAAAACUGGGAUGAGGGAAAAUCUCAGCUCAUGCAGCAAAGUGAUACUUUGUCUGGAGUUCAUGAUAUUCAAAGCAUGGGCAGGUCUGGGCUUGCGGUUUUCCUCGAACACUCGAAGAAGUCAACCCACAAAUUGAAGCCGAAAGAUACCUGGACCGGGGAGAGAGAACUGACUGAAUUCAUUGCAGCUGUCAAUAACGGCCGCUCCAACCUUCAUGCUGCUGCUUUUGACUGGCUCAAGUGCCUUUUAUGGCCGAACCACGCUGAAUAUACUUCGUGGGCGAUGUCUAUGGCCCCUACAUUCUCUCCAAACCCUCGCCACAGACCUGGUUGUGACCCAGGAGAAUCCGGGGUUACUAUCCUAGACUGGGCGGCCUUCGAGUCACCCUAUGUCGGGUACCAAUGGCCGGUCGGGGUCAAGGACAUUGUGCUCCAGCUUCUCCUUGUAGACGACGAGUACAUCUACAGGAGGUUGGAAGAUCAAACUAAAGUUCUCGAAAGCAAAAUACUUAGACGUGAUUCUGAGGUCGGGCCUCAAUACGCCAUGGAAGAUUUUGCGGAUCUGGAAAUGAUCCAGGCCAUUUUUGAGCUGCAUCUCGACUUAUACUCUUCCAUGAAUACACCCGACACUGAAGCAGACAAGCAAGCAAAGAUACUUCAGCAAGAACGCCUCCGGAGAUGGUGUAUGUUGGCGCGCACGGCUCUAACUUACUUCCUUGACCAUUGUUCGCUGGAGCAUAGCUGGGAAAAGAUUGUCAUCCGCCACAUCUGGGCAUCGACGUUCUAUUCGAACAUGGCAGCCGAUGCCCAGCGUGAGCAUAUCCUGCUUUGCUUGCAAGACCUUAAACGUCUUCUCGUCACACUCAAAGAUCCGGUGCUGUCGGUCGAAAAUAACGCAAUGAUGUCCGAGUUGUCAUCCGACGCAGUUGACAAGGAGAUUUCAAAGUUGAAUUCUAUGGAUUUCUUCAUGACGAUCUUCAAUCCGGACUCAGAAGAUCCUGUUGGUCUCAUUGAGACCAUUGAGCCAAUACUCGAGCCUGCCUCUGUUGAGGUCGAGGAGACGGCGGAUGACCAGCAAAGUGUACAGCGUCGUGGAAUGGGCACUUUCUUGGACCAGGGAGAUGCUACACUGAGGCUCUUCCUGUGGCGUCGGCUGCAGGACGCGUACAAAAAGAUCGAGUACGUACCAAAGGUGGUUUCUUGUCAUUUCCGGAGUAUCGAGAUAAUAGUGAAGGAACUGAAGAGUCCGUCCUAUAUUGAGGAACACAGUGGUCACCGUCCAGUAACCCUUAUUCGAUGGCUGAAAUCACUUGACGGCAUCAUAAACAUGACGGUAUCAACAGUCUUACAGGAAUCUGACAAGGCCUACGAAUGCUUUGACAUGGAACACGUCAGGUCAUCAAUGUCGGCGAUUGGUUUUCUCAUCUGGCUGGUCCACAGCAUGAUAAUCUACGAAGACGCGGUGCGCAUCGGACAAGUCCGCAAACCUGACCUGCGCGCGUCACUUGCGAAGUCCCUGGAAAACUUCAAGGACAAGCUUCGAACGAUGCUAGUGCGUUGCUGGAUUUUGCUAUACACUCUCCUAAAAGAGGGCAUUGCCCAGAACAAAGAAUUGUUUGGUGAGCCUUUGGAAGAUCGCAUGUAUUAUCUGCGCGCGGUACACAAUAGUCUGGGUAUCCGCCAAAUUUGCGGACGGUCUUCGAAGCAGUUCCUGAAACUGAUGAAGUUCGAACUCUUCUCGCUGGAGGUGAAACAAGAUGUUGAGAUUGAUAUUUGCCAAAUCCUCUUCGACCUCCACGGUGUCAAAGUGGCUCCCAGUGAUAAUUUGCUAAGUGACCACAGCUGCAAUGCUGAAAAGCUCGAUCGUGCCACAGCGAUAAUGAUGAUCGACUUUGUAAUGAAGCAGGCGAAGAAGAUCAACAUCAAAGAUUUGUCCAAGUCCGAGCUGAAGAGCACAAUGGAGAAGAUGCAGGCAUCCAUCGGUUCGACCAAAGCACCACCACCUGUGACUUUCAAUCGCCGCGUCCUUAACGCCUACAUGAAGUCGCCUAUUGGCCCCUCAGAACUAUUCCGUGCGGUGCGAGGCGUAGCAGACAUUCCACUGAUCCCAGUACCGACCGAAAACGCACUCAUCGCGCGAAAAGGCUGGUGUUUCCUCCUAGGCUACGCCGCGUUGACGAGGUUUCGCUCGCAGAAGCGAUUGACGCCCGUCUCAACGGCCGAUCUCGAUGAAGCCAUCUCGUGGUUCAGGCAAGAUUUAGAGCACGGAACUUCCAAAUGGGAGACUUGGUACCGACUCGCUCAAACUUGGGAUUCGAAGGUCGAAGAAGACAUCACCUGGUCCGCAGAUAAGAUCAACAACAACCGUACAGAGCUUGUCACAUGGCAACGCAAUGCAAUGCACUGCUACGCCAUGGCAAUCGCCACAGCCGCCAGAACUGCGGAUCCGGAUCCAGAGACUCGAGCACUGCUGGCCGAUCUCUAUACAGACUUUGGAAUUCGGUUAUACUCCUCUUCGCGGGAACCGCUGUCUAUGGGAGCUUUCAGUCUUGUUGACUUCACUCGCCACUAUAAUAACGAGGAAAGCCAGCGGAUGUACGAGGGUAAGCCGUUCAAGGAGAUAAGAGUUUAUGCUGUUUGGAGACUUGCCAGCUAUCUCCUUCGACGUGCGAUAAUCGAUAAGCCCAAGAACUGGAUGGCGCACUACAUGCUGAGCAAAUGCUUGUGGAAGAUGUUCAGUUGUGAUGAUACCGUGAGAGGCUCGUCUCCUCGUAUCAGCGUUGAUAGCGUCUUGGACUCUUUGCUCGAUACAAUCGAUGCACUGCCGCAGCGAAACUCGCGGUCAGAGCAGAUAUUCGAACCUCACUAUAAGCUGGUCUCCGUCGUCAACAAGCUUGUCAGACGAGAGGUAUUGAUGGUAAGAAUAUCACCCCCUAAUAGAUCAUGCGAUUUACUCAUGUCUGUAGCCGGCGGAAGCAUGUAAAACUCUAGUUGCUACGCCAUGGGCUCGAAAGGUUCCACCCCCGGAGGACAAGGGUUCCUGGAACAAGUACAUAUUUGAUGUGCUUAAGAACCUCAAGAAUGCGGACAAGGCAAAUUGGCAUCACCGCAUGGCUGCCAGGGCCGCCCAUAUCAUAUACGAUGAUGACAAAAAUGCUACUGCUGCUGCAAAAGCCAAAGCCGAACUUACGCAACAGAUCUUCACAAAGACUAUGGCGAUCCAGGUUUGGAAACCCGAGUACGAGCGUCCAGGAAGACACUUUGUAUACACAACGCGAUACGUGUACUUCUUUAUAGCUCUGCUUGACCAGGUUGACGACCGCGCAAACCUUGAGCAACUACUGCGUCGCGUACGCAAGAAACAGGGCGACUUUAUCAACCAUACUAAGUUGUGGGAGGACAUGUGUCUCACCUAUGCCCGAGUCAUACGGAGAGCUGGCCAUAUUAGUGAGGGCCAUGAAGAAGGUGUCUUCAAGCCCAUCGGGUGGGAGGAGUUUGUCGCGAAUACUGCUCGUCUUGAAGACCUUGCGCAACUCGCCCCUGAGAGUUCGUCCAUUCUCGAACUUUUGCGAGAUGCCAUCGAGCUGAAGAAGCUCAAUAACAAUCUCAUGAAGGUAGCUUCACUCGAGGACCUGAUCGCGGAUCUGUAUUCCCGUCUCUACGAAGUCAAUAUGCCCCAGGUGAUGGAACAGGUCCACGAAGAAAACAAAGAGAAAAUGAAGGUCGACCACAUCCUUAUGACAACCGAUGGACCAGGAGAUAACUCUACACCCCCAAACUCAGCGCCUGCCUCGGAAGCCCCGGCGCCUCGCGGCCGAACAAAGGGCAUCGCCCGGAGGGACAUUCAAAAACGAGCGGAGACGAUUGUCGCGCGCAGGGUACCACUUCGUGUACCGGCAAGGGCUCCCGCAGCAGCCGAGCCCGAGUCGAGUGCCAAUAUCACGGCUCCCACUGGCCCCAAACCAGUUAUUGAGAUCGCUAUCCGGCAACCGCCUCUGGAUGACGGUGGAUCGGCGCAGCAGAGUGACAUUCCAAACAGUGUGCAUGAUAGCGCUGACGAUGAAAGUGAGUUGAGCGAAAUGGACGAGGAGAAGCUUUCUAGGCUUGCAGCUGAUCCAAAAAUGCUUUUUCCGAAUCUGCAUGACCGGGGGUCCAUGGAUCCAGAAUCAGAAAUGUCCGCUCAACCUAGUCCCGCCGCGGACGGUACACAUGAGGGUGGUGAAGAUGCUGAUAGGGAGGGUGACGGUGAUGCUAAUCCAGACCUCGGCGACGGAGAAGGAGAAGGCGAUACAAUCAAUGAAGACGGCGAAGAUGCAGGCGAUGAAGAUGGCGAGGGCGAGGGCGAGGGCGAAAAUGAAGGCGAAGAUGUUGAAAUGGAAGACGGAGGGGAGGAGGAAGAUGAAGCAGGUGACGAAGCAGGUGACGAAGAGGGGGACGACGAUGAAGACGCUCACAUAGAAGGAGCCUCCGACGCUGAUAUGGACCGAGGCGAGGACCACGUCCCCGAACAGGAAGAGCGAGAAUGCGUAUGACUCUGAACAGGCUGCAGAGUUCUGAACAGGUCUACUGAGCGAUUGAUGGAAUUACCUGUAUGGGUGGUGUUGAAUGUGUGCAUUUAUAUGAGCGGCUAUUCUCUGUAUUUUUAUCUAUAUCCUCAGAUCAGGUCAUGGGUAAGGUGUUCGGGUUUCUUGCUGUUGGGCUAUUAUAUUGAGCUCUCGGGAGGAAAGGAACUUGAAGAAUCAAUGUGUACUAUGGGUAUAAUGUUAUGAACAAGAACCUUGGCAUGUCAAGAAGUAACCUGACGUCGUGACAGCCUCCAAAUGCAGUAAACCGCCAUCCAGUAACGCCAAACAAUCGAGAAAAAACAAAAGAGUCUAGAUGUCGUCCUCCGGCGCAAAGUCCCACUUGCGAGUCGCCAUCUUCCUCUGGCUCUUUCCGGGGGAACCUACCAAAGGAGUUUUGAACAUGCUAUCCGCGAGCUUCAGUUGAUCCAUUUUGCGGAGCGCGACCUCGAUAUCGCUCUCGCGGCCAAGGAUAUUAGCACUGCGGGAGGGUUCUAGGACGGUGUUUUUGGAUUUCGACUUCUUCGUUGGCGAUCUGCAUGUCAACUCGCGCUCCAACGAUGUGAUUCGGCUGCGAAGCUGGUCGUUUUCGAACUCGAGCUCUUCGACCCGCUCAUCAGAUGAUGGCUCCGGAUCUUGGUGGACUGGUUUAAGGUUAGCAUUGGAUUAAAUGUUUCAAGAGGGUAUUAUAGGCGUACUCUUGAACCCUUGAGAGAACAGCUCAAUCUUCUUAUCAAUGUGCUCGUCAUUGUGUCCAGCCUAUACGAAUUAGUGAAUGUCCCAGAAGAAAAGCACAUUGUGCCUCACCUGUUCAUCCCAAGCGCUUUGCCAUCUUUUUCUUUCCUGCUCCAUUUUCUCAUCCAUCUCAACCCAGCAUUCUUCUCGCACUUCUUGCUCGAUCAGGAGACAUCUUUCUUCACUUACAAUGAGUGCUGUCUCCAUCUCGGCUCUUAGGAUUUCCUCUUCCGCUAGUCGAACGGUGAGCUUCUCGUUCUCUGCUGUUAAACGCUCAAUCUCAGCCAAAGCCUUUUCAAGUUCUUCAGCCAGGCCAGGUUGAGGCGAUUGGCGUCCACCAGAGCCUUUGCGAGACCCAAGAGUACUUGACAAGGUCGACUCGGCGGAAGGAGCUCGAGGGACAGUGACUUCUCGGGCUAGGGCGGAGUAUCGCAGUAUUUGCGAGGUGGCAUUAUAAUCGCCCAGUGGAUCAGCAGUCACAAUCAUUAGUGCUUUUUGCGGGUGUCUAUUGAUCGAAGAUUGACUGGAUGAUGGGAAAGAGUUUGAGAAUAGUAAUUCAGUGAGCUUGCACUGCCUGUAAGGGACCAUAGCAGUCUGACCAAGUUAGCGUGUGAGAGCC